CAUGUAUAGCAGCAAAUCGGUUGGCACCUGUGAGCGAAUAAUUAUCCGAAAAUGUGCCACGCGGCAUUGAGUUCAUUAAAACUUGAAACUUGAGCAAGGACGGCCGUGACAAAACUCCAUGAAUCCUGCACUGCAAACAACGGGACUGGACACGGUUCAAGGGCCCCAAUAGGUCCAGGGGGAGGGCUGAUUUGAAGGUCCUCGCAUGGCUGUACUCGAUCGCUGCUUCUGGUGAUGUUGUUGUUGUCCAGCAACGAGGAAUCACGCGGAGAUUCAUGACUUAGCGAGUCACAGGAGGAUUCAUGGAUGGAAGCACGAGCGAAGCGGACGCCUGAGAUUGUCGUCGUAUUUUCAGAAACUACAUGGAUGGCACUUGCGAAGAUCUUGGCAGUAUUUCUCCUCCUGAACUGCCAGUUGAACAAUUGUUUAGCAGAUGUUUCUCGAGGACAUCAGAAACUUUGGCGAAGUAAUGACGAUAUUGAUCGGAUGACUCUGAACUCUGCGUCACAUGGGCGGAGUGGAAUUGAAGAAGCCAGAAAGUACUUCACUCGAAACCAACAGACGGCAGAUGAUGUCCUGGGACUAGCUUACUCACAUUCAUCCUCAUUAUCAAUCACCCGAGAUUAUUCUGAUCUUGUCCAAAGGCGCUCCUUGGCAGGUUCUAGUCCUACUCCUCGUCCUGCACCUGCACCAGAUCCAAGAGCAAGUCCGCCUCCAAAUUUGUACUCGUGUGGGGUCUGUGGAGAAAAUUACAAUGCACUGAUUGGCGACACUCCUCUCUCCGUCGCUGUAUUUUGUAAUGUUACUCUCGAAGAACUCAUGUCCCUGAAUCCUGGUCUGGAGGAUUCGAAUAACAGCAUAACAGAUCAGGUCAUUGUGAUUCCGUGUACAGACACGGCCGAGAGCCAUUGUACUAAGUGUGGUGACUCUGUUAUCAUUGAAUCGGGAGACACCAUAUAUCUGAUCUCCAGCUCCUGUAAUAUACCUCGGCUGCACGUGCAGAUUGCGAAUCCAGGUAUUGACUACAGUAACAUUUUUCCCGGACAGUACAUUACUAUCCCCUGUGAAAAUGGUAUGAUCACGAAGAAUGUCACACGGUGCGGAGUUUGUGGAAUCGGCUUCAAAGUGGAGACAGAUGGCAAUAUUAUCGACGUCGCCUCGCGUUGCAACGUUAGUGUUAGCGACCUGUUGGUGAGCAAUCCGUCAGUAAAUAGUUUAGGGGCGAUCAUCAAGGGCCAAUCUCUACGCAUACCGUGCUCUGGACUCAGCUCUGCCAAUUGCGGACCUUGCGGCAAUAACUUCACGGUGAAACCGAUAAACAUCGAUAAUGUAGGUGCCAUCUCAGCAAUUUGUAGAGUAGGAUUCAUCGCACUCACAGAUGCGAAUCCAAAUAUAGAUUUGUACAACAAUCUGACAACGGACAUGCAAAUUAAUAUUCCUUGUGAUUUUAAUCAGCCACCAGUGGUGUGCAGUCUAUGUAGCCCCCUGUUUUCUUCUCCUGUCCCCGUCGAGAUCAGCACAAUUGCAAGCAUCUGCAAUGUCUCGACCGAGGUAAUUGCAUAUGCAAACAAUCUCCCUCUCUCGGGAAUUAUUCCCUCGCCACUGAACCUGACGAUCCCGUGUGCCGAGCCGCCAGCCCGCAACUUGCAGAACUGCGGAAACUGUGGAUCCUCCUUCACGUUACAGUCGCAGGUCACCUUGGAUCAAAUCGCAGGAGCAUGCGCAACAACUACCGCAGCGAUUCGGGGCGAGAACGGGAACUUUACCUUCCGGUUAUUGGGGCCCAAGGACGUCGUUGCACUCCCCUGCAAUAUGCCGGCCAUUGGAUGUGGCCCCUGUGGCAAUGGGUACACGGUUGUACAAGGCGACACGCCAUCGUCUGUGGCUGUGAAAUGUGCAACCCCCAUCGGGCAAAUCUUGAAGGCAAAUGCAAACUACAAUUUCAGUUAUGGAAUGGUGAAGGACCAAAUCUUGCACCUUCCGUGUGGUUCCAGCUCGUCGUCACAUCUGCUGCGUCGGCCCCUUCGGAUUGCUAAUCAGGUGCUUCGCAUUCUGAUUCUCUUGACAAUGUUGAAUAUAACAACAUGGUUCGAUUUGUAGCCAGUACUAUUAUCUACGACGCUAUAAUAGCAAAUUAUUGAGAUGCUUCUUCAAAUAUUGUCUAUACAUGUUCCAUA